CUCCCACCUACCAACACCGUUUAACUUGGGGAGAUUUUAUGCUAUGCUUUCCGGAAUUCCACUUGAUUUCCCAUUGCUUGCAUCAAGUUGUAACUAUAUGAAGUUCAAUAUUCCAUACUAACUGAUAACUUCUCAAGUCUUGCAAACCCAUCCUCGAAGGACAUCAAUAAAUCCAUUCCCUCCAAUCCAACAUCCCAUUCUCCCAACCACCUUUUAGCAAUGGCGAAAAGCUCCCGCGCCAGCACGCGCAAGACCAACAACCAGCGCCUGAAGGCCAAGGUCUUCGGCCCUGUCGAGGCAGCCCGAGCCGAACGUCUCUCCGCUAAGCUCCUCGAACUGGCUGCGCAGCCUAAACCUCAGCCUGAAGAGGCCGAGAUGAAGAUUGUAGACGGUGCUGAGGGGGAAGCCGCUAAGGAGGAAGAUGCUGCUACAGCGGCAGAGGCCGAUAACACAAUGGACGUUGACAGCGCCAAACCCACAAGCAAACGCAGCGACAAGAAGCGCAUUGAGAAGCGGAGGAAGACUAGCAAGAUUGUCUUCCCCAAGUAUGGCGAUAAGAAGAAGACAAAGAGACGCUAGAUGCAAGACGUAUCAAAGGGGUGAGUGGGUUGGGAUGAAUUGCAUUGUUAGGCGUUCGGUUGUGUU